AUGGUUUACAGCUUUCUCUGUGACCCCGGCUUCACCUUCAACUCAACCAGCAAUCAGUGCGUCACCUGCCCUGCCAACAAGUACAAGUCCACCCGCUCCAACGAUGCUUGUCAGUCCUGCCCAGCCCAGUCGGUCUCCUCCUCAGGAGCAACGGACGUGUCGAAGUGCCUGUGCGUCCCUGGAUACGAGUACAGUACCACCUGCUCUCCGUGCAAAACAGGAUACUACAAGAGCCAGACGGGAAACUCUCUCUGCUCCAUCUGCCCAGACAACACCUUGUCCGUGUGGGAAGGGGCUGAGUACUGCUCCUGCCAGGCCGGAUUUUCCUACCAGACCGGCUCCUCGACCUGCCAGUCCUGCGCCAAGGGCAAGUUCUCCAUGAACAACUUUGCGAUGGCAUACUGCACCAUCUGCCCUGUAGGGAAAUACAAGGACAAGGCCGGGCCCGACGAGUGUUCUUUCUGCCCCUUCUUCUCUAUCACCCUUCAGGCUGGGAGCACACAGUUUGAAGAUUGCCUCUGCAUCAGAGGCUACACGUACAACAACAUGACCGGGACCUGCGAUCCCUGCUCUGUCGGCACUUACAAGGAUACGGUCUCCCCGGGCUCCUGCUACGCUUGUGCAGCUGGUUUCUACUCUGAUACUGCCAACAGCAAGAAAUGUCUCUCAUGCGGCCCUGGCUCCUUCUCCAAGCAAGCAAACAGCUCUGUCUGCCAGAUCUGCGCAGCCGGGACGUACAGCGAGCAGAGCGGAGGAGGGUCGACGACUUGCUUGACUUGCCCUGAGAACUCCUUCGCAAAUCGCUUAGGAAGCUCCUCGGUCAAGGACUGUGAG